CUUUUUUUAACAACAACAAAAAAAAAAAGAUGUUACCAAAUAAUUUAUUACAUUUCACUGGAGCAAUACAUCAUUAUCACAAUAUACAUAGAGGCUACACAUCAAGAAUAGAACAAGCUGAAGACUUGCUAAGAGCAUUAUCGCUUCUUCUACCAGGACGAGUAUCUGAAGGAGACCUUUGCUCUCAAACAAUUUUGACUACUCUUAAUCUGGUAUCAUUAUACAAUACUCACUAUUUAAUGCGCACUGCCAACAAAAAUAGCAAAGACGAUAUCCCUCCAGAGGAGAGUUUCGCCUUCAAUCGUCAUAUUCAAUUUCAUUUUAGGCGGUCAAAAGCAUAUCGCGCUACUUCACUGAUACUGAGUUUAGUAUCUUACUCGGAAAUACUAUGGGAAAUGUUAGUGGCUAGAAAAGAAAAUGGUUCAAGGUUGCGUUGGCGUCAUAUCACUGUCAUAGAGGCCAUAAAAAUGUGCAUGCGAUUAAUUCUAUAUUAUACCUCACAAAAAAAAAUGGUGUUACAUCCUACUCAUUUCAUUCGCAAUAUAGACCCAACUACAUUGGAGUAUGAUACAACAGGUGAAGAUAAAAUUGAGUUAGGGCAUUUAGAUACCCGCAUUGGUAUGCCUUCUUCCUCCAAUCGCUCUCUCUAUUACAAUCCUCAGAUAGUUACCAAAAAUUCAAGUCAAACCUCAAAAUUGGGCCAUUUAUCAGAAUUAUUAUGGAUUUCUCGUCCUCUUAUCUAUGUAUUGCUGCUAAACAAAGAACAUUAUCAACAUCCAAAGGCGCAAAUUAGUGAUAAUAAUAGUAGCAUUGUCACUGACGGAAAGGAAAGUUUUGGAGAAGAAACAUUAACGGAAGAGGAAUGGACAGAAAAGGACGAUGAAAAUUACUGGCAACCAUGGAUCAUCUCGUUUAGCAUGGAUAUACUGGCAAUGAUUUUGAGAUACACACAAAAUAUGUCACCGUUAGAAAAGGAGGAAUCCAAACGACGAAAUUAUUUACUUUUCUUUUAUCUUCUUCGCGGACCAUUAUACUCUAAGUUUACUAGACAUAUUCUAGAUACUUUAUGCAACGCGACUGAGCAUAAACCUUUGGUUUCUAUUAUCACAACUGCUAUCAAUGACUACCGUCCAUUUUGGGAACAGUGUUACUUUUAUACUUCUGGUUCUUAGAUAAUGCUGUCAAAUUUAUCAUGAUGUAAUUAUUUUCAUCGGUAGAGAUAAAAUAGAAAUGAGCUGAUAAAGAUAACAGUAACUAAAUCUUAGUCUAUCACAUAGUAUUGGAAAUAAAAACGUAUUUAUUAUUCAAAAAAAAA